AUGACACUGAUGCACUUGCCAGCAACUCCAGGAACAUACCUCCCUGUUGACCAGUUCCCCAUUCUCAAAUACGUGCCAUCUUUUCUCGUCCCUUCUAAGGCGCGUGCGAUCACGUGCUUUGAGACUAUAAGCUCGAUAUGGGGUGAAGCACGAUCGCAAGUUGUGGCGCGGCGUGGAAAGGGCGACAAUCGGAUCUCUCUUGCAGACAAGGUGAUUAGCGGUCAGAUCAAAAGCGACAUAGCGAUGAAUCAUCGGCAAGAGAAUAACUUCCUUGGCGCCCUACAACAAGGAGCCGCCGACACAACGGCCAGUAUGAUAUUGACAUCGAUUCUGUACCUGGCGAAACACCAUUGGGUACAAAAGAAAGCACAGACUGAGCUUGAUCGCAUCUGUGGCGAUGGCAGAAUGCCAACAUGGCAGGACUUUAGAGUUCUGCCUUACAUCAACUGCAUUGUGAAGGAAGGGUUGAGGAUACGACCUGUUGUCCCUUCAGGUAUCCCUGUCCGCGCAAGCCACGAUAACUGGUUCGAUGGCUACCUUAUUCCCAAGGACUCUACCGUUUUCUGCCCAGCCUAUAAUAUCCAACACAACGCCGGAUUCUAUCCCAAUCCGUAUACUUAUAACCCUGACAGAUAUCUCGACCGCCCGCUUCUGGCAACGUCCUAUGCUGGAUCUCCGGACUACGAAAAUCGCGAUCACUAUGCUUACGGUGCUGGCCGACGAAUUUGCGUGGGUAUACACCUUGCCGAGCGAACACAGUGGCGUAUCAUUGCACGUCUGUUGUGGGCAUAUGAUAUCAAGCCUGAAGUAGAUGAAAAAGGGAACGAGCUCGAGGUGGAUACGGAUGCAUAUGAAGAUGGGUUGUUGAUUUGCCCGAAGCCGUUCAAGGUCAGAUUCGUUCCUAGAGGCGAGAAGCAGGUGGAAGUCAUCAAGCAGGAUUUUGAGGCUGUCAAAGAUUACUUGAAGACUUGGGAGUAA